AUGAACGCUUUGUACAUGGAAAUAGAACUUUUUCAUAUAAUGUUUUUUCCAAGUAUUCUCAUGGUCGACAGCAUGUUUAUAUUAGCGGCACUAUCUAUAGCAUUGGGUUGGGAAAUCCGUGCGGACAUUCGUCGUGGUUAUCCUUGUAUACGACGACUGAAUCAGUUAUACUGUCCAACACCAGGAAAUAAAUACCCCAAUGCUAACACUACACAGGGAAAUGGGGGAGGCAGGACUAAAAGAGAACAGAGAAUGAAAAGUGAAAGAAUUGAUAAGUUUAUUGACGAAAACAAAUCUCUAGUUAAGAGGAUGUUUGGAGAGUACGAAAAAUUUCCGGAAGGUACACAUACUUCUCCUUUUUCAACAUAUGACGGACAUAAAAUUUCUACUCGUUCCCAGCGGAUCCCUAGGUCCACCUACGGAGCUUCUCCUAAUAAGGUAGACGCUUGUGAGUCGACUGUGGAGAUUGUCACCCCUUAUUGGGCGUCAAACAGCGCUGGAAAGAUUCGAGCAAUUAUUAAUACCAAACACCUGCAACAGGCUAUUCAGCAGGAAGUCUGUCAGACGCAGCAGACAAAGAGGUGUAAUGGAGACUGCUCCUGUGAGCAGAAAUACAAGUGGCAUCGGCUCCUGGCUUAUGACCCCGAUGAUGACUGUCGAGGAAUCUUCAUGGAUUGGUUUCUUUUCCCUUCUUGUUGCGUAUGCAGAUGCACAAUUCUGGUCAACAAGUGA